CUUCAUUGAUGGUGGUACUGAGAUUGCUUUUACUGAGGAUGUUGGAGCUGAUUUUGAGGCUCUUGGAUGGCAUGUUAUCUGGGUGAAGAAUGGUAACACUGGUUAUGAUGAGAUCCGUGCUGCCAUCAAGGAAGCAAAGGCUGUUAAGGACAAGCCCACAAUGAUCAAGGUGACAACAACCAUCGGGUUUGGCUCACCAAACAAGGCAAACAAUUACAAUGUUCAUGGAAGUGCAUUUCGAUGUGCCUGAUGAUGUGAAGAGCCAUUAGAGCCGCCAUGUCCCAGAGGGUGCAGCAAUUGAAGCCGAGUGGAAUUCCAAAUUCGGUGAAUAUGAGAAGUACCCAGAAGAAGCUGCAGAAUUGAAGGCCAUCAAGUUCUUGUUUUUCACUCUUUGCAUAUGAGAUGUCGUACUGGAUAACAUAUGAUUACCCAUCAGAUGUCAGGUAAAAAGUUAAGCGUAAAUGGGGAACUGACUGGAAGGGUCAAACACAGAAAUGUUUACUGGAAAGGAGGAAGAAAUCAACUUUCUGGGUGAUGGGACUGAGAAGCCUGAAUUUGGGAAGUGGGCAUGGAUCUCAGCAAACCAAGUUGUUGAUCAUCAAAGGUAUGAAGUGCCACCCAAUUUUAGAAGGUUAUUGAGUUCAAAGAUGAGAAGACUAUGCAGAGUUCUGAAUGUUCGUCUGCAGGCUGAACCAGAGACAGAUGAGGUGUAUGCACAAAUAACUUUGCUUCCUGAAACAGAUCAGCAGUCCAAAGUUCCACAAUGCGACGAUCGUUGUCAAACAAGAUAUCUGCUCCUCUUCACUACCAUGCAUCAACUGGACCAGUAAUCAUAACAAGUGCAGAAACUGUUGAUUAUAGUCUGAAACCAUAUUCAGGAAUUCCACAG